AUGGUACUUCAAACAUUAUGGCGUUAGUCACUAUCUGUGAGUACUAGAGAAUAUAAUGUUAAAACUGCUCAUAAAUGUUCGGGGGUUAGUUUGAUUAGUCAACUGGUCUCUCCUUUUUGUUUAUUUUCAGGUUAAUUACAUAAAUGCUCAUGCAACUUCCACAAUAGUUGGUGAUCUAGCUGAGGUAAACGCUAUUAAGAAGGUAUUCAAGAACACUUCAGAGAUCAAAAUGAAUGCAACCAAGUCCAUGAUAGGCCACUGCCUGGGUGCUGCUGGUGGCCUGGAAGCUAUUGCAACAGUUAAAGCCAUUAAAACUGGCUGGCUGCAUCCUUCCAUAAACCAAUUCAACACUGAGCCUUCAGUUGAGUUCGAUACCGUUCCAAACAAGAAACAGCAGCAUGAGAUCAAUGUUGCAAUCUCAAAUUCAUUUGGUUUUGGUGGUCACAACUCUGUUGUUGUGUUUUCUGAUUUCAAGCCCUGAAUCAGCUUAGUAUAGCAAGAGCAACCUUCUGCUUCUGAGGCUUAAUUUAGUGUGGUAUAGAGGCUGCUUCAUCUCAACACAGCAAUUGCGAAUUUUGAUUGUUUUUGUUCUUUGCAACGACAAUCUUAACUUUUUCUGGUAUUUUUCCACCCUUAGAUAAUUGGAUGUUUUCAAGCUUGGUUAGGCAGCAACCAGUUUUGAAAUAUGUUAGAGAUAGAAAAUACACUAUGGUAUUUUGAGGUUGAGGGCAUUGUUAACACUUUGAUUAUUUGA